AUGGCCAAGAAAUGGGGUGUUAGGACAGUGCUGUGGUUCAAUCUUGUUCCUAGGGUAGUCAUGAGUGUCUGGGCUGUUAUCGUCGGACACUUUCCACUCCUCUUACCCACCAAGGCCAUUCUUGCAAGUCCGAUCUUCAACGUCUUGGGAGGUGAGUGUGUCUUCCAGUCAACAAUAUUUACACUUACUUCGGGCUUGACGAGUGAGUAUGUUCAACGAGCAUCAUACUUCUCCUACAUCAGCUCAACCUCUUAUAUCGUCUCCUUCAUGGGCCCAACAUUUGCCGCUUUCACCAUGAGCGCCAACCUCUGGCUACCCUUCUGGCUCAACAUAUCUCUCCUACUCUGCGCUAUACCAACGAUAGGCCUACUUCCAAAAACCUCGAAAUUCGCAAAAUACACCAUAUCGGCCCACGAGACUAUACCUAACGAAAAUACGGAGGAAUCAGGACCCUUGAUUGGAAGCAGAAAUACCAGUCCAGAUAGAUAUGCCUCCGCAUUCCAAGCACCACCCUCCAGCACAUACUACCAAAGUAUCAAAACAACCAUAGAACAACUGAUUCAUCUAGUGCUUGGACGACGAAGCUUCCAAAUUCUGCUGCUGACCUUGUUCUUUACGGCACUGGCUAGUUCAGACACAAAGCUCUUGGUUCAGUAUAUUUCCAAACGCUACAAUUGGACUUUUGCACAGGCAGGCUACUUGCUCUCAGCGAAGGCGUUGGUGAACCUCACGCUACUUGCAGUAGUAGUCCCACGUAUCAUUCAUAAAUCCAUGUCAUCGAGAGCCGUUCAAGGUUCUGAUGUGCGACUGAACAUUCUGGGAGCAGAUGUUAGUAUUGCGGUCUCGGUGGUGGGUGUGCUAUGUAUCGCAUUAGCGGGGAGAUUUUGGAUGUUGUUUACUGCGCUCAUCAUCUACGCACUUGGAUCAGCUCUACCAGUGUUUACCAUGUCGUUGAUCAAGUCGUCGUUGAUUGCCAUUGGAGGCUCUGAUGCUCAAGACUUCAGUAUCGUCAUGUUGACCAAGACACUCGGGUCUUUGGUUGGCGCGCCGUUGAUGACAGUUUUGUGGGUCAAGGCGAUCGAAUGGGGAGGCAUUGGACUGGGAUUGCCAUAUCUCAUAUCUUCAUGUUUAUACAUGUCUGCAUUCAUCAUAUUCUCGCGUUUACGAACUUGA